UGUGAAUAAACGACAACAAAAAAAAAAAUCGCCAGUUUAAAAGCCUUUACGAUGAAGAGGAAGUGUUUGGUGAUAAGUCUAGUUCGAAAUUGAACAGAGGAAUGUUGAAAGAUAAGAAUCUGAGAAUUGAAGUUCCGUUUAUGAAUAGAAGAGUCACUGAUUGUGAAUUAGAGCUUCGCAAAUUCGCAUUGAAGAAUUCAACUCCGGUUAGCGAACGGCGGCCGCAUACUCUGAGUUCUAAGGGUUCGGUGUAUUGGGAUUUAGAGGAUAUAAGAACACCAAGUGCUCCACCUAUAAUGGAAAUUGGACAAGAAGAGAACAUCAGCGUGGAAAUUGAGAAGAUUGAGGAUGAGAUUUGCAGAGAAGCAGGAGUAGAGAGUAGUAAUCAAAGCAGUACACAUUUGUAUAGAGUUGAAGAAUUUGGGGAAAGUGUGAAGGACAGUAAAACUGUGGAAGAUGCAAAAAUUUGGGAAGUGAACUCGGAGGAAUUAGAUUGCCAUAGUAUCAGUGGUCAAUAUGCUUGGCAAAGUCUUUUGGCAUAUGAUGCUUGUAUAAGACUAUGUUUGUAUGAAUGGUCAAAGGGUUCUACUGAGGCAUCUGAGUUUCUACGUGAUGAGUGUCGUCUUCUUCGAGGUGCAUUUGGUUUGCAUAAGUUUCUCUUACAACCUCGGGGUGUACAAUCGACUGAGGAAAACAAAAAUGUGAAAGCGGAGCAAAAGCCAUCCUUGAAGUCUAAUAAUGUUGUCAGAAAGUUACGGGUGGAAGUAAAGAGACUUCGAUUGAUACCACAACGCAAACUUAGAGGUACAGAUUCGCUGCGGAGUUUAAUGAAUAUGCAAAUUGGAAUGGGGGCAGAGUAUUGCCGACAAGUUUCAUCACUUGUAAAGACUGGGAUGAGUUCUAUUAAACAGGCUACCCUUUCAGCAGUUUCAGAAGAACAAUUCUCCUGCUACCUUCAAAUGAAGAGCACAGCAGAAGGAGGUCAAAUUGAACAAGGAUCUUCUGUUUGUUUGCAAUCAGGAACUGGAAGUUACCAUGUCUUCUUUCCCGAAUCCGAAGGUGAUGCUCUUUUGAUAGAAGUUCAAGAUAAGAAGAAAUCAGUUCAAGGAAAAGCAAUGAUAUCUAUGACAUCAUUAACUGAAAAUCCGAAUGAUAAUGUUAGAUGGUGGCCAAUAUACCAUGGUGAACAAGAAUGUGUUGGCAAGAUCCAGCUCUUUCUUGGUAGCACGACCACAUCAGAUGAAGACUAUCACAUUAAGAGUGCACCUGUUGUGGAGACACUUGCAUAUGAUUUGCUACUAGAAGCGGCUACACGUGCCCAAAAAUUUCAUCCUCAAAACUUAAGGCUGAAUGGAUCUUGGAAAUGGCUGUUAAGCGAAUUCGCAGAUUAUUAUGGAGUUUCUGAUUCAUAUACCAAGUUGAGAUAUCUCUCACAUGUAAUGAAUGUAGCAACUCCAACAAAAACCUGCUUACAACUUGUGCAUGAGUUACUAGUCCCCAUCCUAAGCGCUCGAAGUGAAAAGAGUUUAACCAGACAAGAGAAAAGUAUCUUAAUGGAUUGUGAAAUAGAGAUAGAAAAACUCAUGGCAACUGUUUUUGAGAACUACAAGUCCUUAGAUGAAAACUGCCCUUCAGGAUUGGCAGACAUAUCUUGUCCCGUGCAAGAAUCGGCUUCAACAGCACUUUCUCCAGCUGUUCAGGUUUUUAGCCUUCUUCAUGAUAUAUUGUCUCCAGAAGCACAAGAAAUUUUGAAGAAUUACCUCCAGACAGCAGCAAAGAAGAGGUGUCGGAAGCACAUGGUUGAAACCGAUGAGUAUGUUUCCUGCAACUCUGAAGGUUUUCUUUUGGACUCCGUCACAAUUUCUACAGCCUACCUGAAAAUGAAGAAUCUUUGUCUAAUCAUAAGCAAUGAGAUAGAGGCUGAUAUAAAGAUCACCAAUGAGCAUGUACUGCCAAGCUCAAUCGACCUAGCCAAUAUAGCUGCUGCCGUAUACAGCACUCAGCUAUGUAACCGGCUCAGGGCAUUUCUGUCAGCAGUUCCACCAUCCUGCCCACUGCCUCAUGUCAAUGAGCUUCUGAUAGCAGUUUCUGAUUUUGAAAGAAACCUCGAUUCAUGGGGAAUAAGUUCGGUACAGGGUGGUGUAAACUCUAGGGGGUUAUUCCACAACUACAUAAUGGUUUGGAUACAUGAUAUGGAACUUAGACUACUUGACCGAUGCAGAGCAGAAAAGGUUCCAUGGUCUGGUGUAAUAACAAAUCACUCAACAUCCCCAUUUGCUGAAGACAUAUAUGAGAGAAUAAAAGAUUCUCUUAUAGAGUAUGAAGUGGUGAUUAGCCGAUGGCCACAAUACACAUUGAUCUUGGAGAAUACUGCUGCAAUCGUAGAGAGAGCCAUUGUUAAAUCAUUGGAGAAGCAAUGUAAUGACAUUCUAAUUCCUUUGAAAGAUAGCUUUCCAAAGAGGCUAAAUAUGCAUGUCCAGAAGCUGACAAGACGGCAAUCAUCGGUUCUCUAUUCUGUUCCAAGUCAACUGGGAACUUUCAUCAACACAAUAAAGAGAAUUCUUGAUGUUCUACAUCCCAGAGUUGAGGAUAUCUUGAGACAAUGGGCUUCGUGUCUUCCUGUUGUUGAAGACAAGAAGUUACUCUUUGGGGAGCAGAUGAAUGUAAUCACGGUCUUGCUCAGGACAAAAUACAGAAACUACAUGCAGGCCGCAGUUGAUAAACUCGUUAGCAAUACGCAAUCAAACAAAAACACAAGGCUUAAGAGAAUCUUAGAAGAGAUAAAAGACAAUGAGAGAGAAGUCGAAGUCCGUGAACGUAUGAAGAUGUUAUGCUCACAAAUCACGGACUCAAUCUCAAAUCUGCAUGAUGUCUUCACAAGUCAGAUAUUUGUGGCUUCGUGCCGCCUAUUCUGGGAUAGAAUGGCACAAGUGGUCUUGAAGUUUCUUGAAGGAAGAAAAGAGAAUGAAGUAGGCUACAAAGGCUCUUACUAUGCUCUUGGGAUAAUUGAGGACACGUUCGCAUCAGAAAUGCAGAGGCUACAAGGGAACUCACUACAAGAGAAGGAUAUGGAAGCUCCUCGUUCGGUGAUUGAGGCACGUUCUAUUCUCUCUAGAGACAACAAUGCCAAUCACUCUUCUUACUUCUAUGUCUAGCUCAAUAUUUUCAUUCCAUUCCAUUCAUUUGUUUGUUAUAUUGUACAUAUAAAAAGUUCCAACAACAACAAGUCUUAAAUGGUCGUUCAUAAUCAUGCCAUCCUUUUAAUAUACUACUUUUGUCCCA